UUUAACACAAAGUGAUUUUGGCACCUGCAGAAAGUAGCCACCAAUUUGUGCUUCAUGCCAAGCAGUCUGAAGCCAUGUCCGGUGAUCAGAAAGUGCUGUUAAAAGGGCAUUCGUCUCAGUAUGUCAAGCUGAAUGUUGGUGGUCGCUUAUAUUAUACUACAAUCGGAACACUGACGAAGCAUAAUGAUACAAUGCUAAGCGCUAUGUUUAGUGGUCGCAUGGAGGUGCUAACUGAUUCAGAAGGUUGGAUACUAAUAGAUCGCUGUGGAAACCAUUUUGGAAUCAUACUCAACUUCUUGCGCGAUGGCAGUGUCCCAUUACCCGAAACUAACAAAGAAAUAGCUGAGCUACUUGCAGAAUCAAAAUACUACUGCAUUACCGAGCUUGCAUUGUCAUGUGAACGGGCACUAUAUGCUCACAUUGAGCCAAAACCUAUUUGCCGCAUUCCAUUGAUAACUUCGCAAAAAGAGCAACAACUUCUAAUCAGCGCGUCUUCGAAACCGGCUGUUAUUUUAGUGGUGCAGCGACAAAACAACAAGUAUUCAUACACAAGCACAUCCGAUGACAAUUUAUUAAAAAAUAUUGAACUUUUCGACAAGCUCUCUCUGCGUUUCAACAAAAAAAUUUUAUUUUUAACACAAAAAUUUUGUUAUUUUUAUAACCGAAACUAA